AUGGGAAAGCAAAUGUCGCUAAAGGAUCGCAGAGCAAGAGAUCGCAAGAGGAGAGAAGGAGUGAUCAGCAAAGCCCAUCAAUAUUGGAAAGUCUGCAAUGGCGACAUAGCUGUCUUCAUGCGGAACGAAGAAGGGAAAUGCAAGACAUAUCUAUCACCCAAUCUAAAGUCGCGGAGUCCAUUUCAGCAAAUCCUCAUUGAUCUCCCCGAUGAUCUCGAUGAUAAAGGAAGGAAGAAGAGGAAGAGACGCAUAAUGAAAUAUCAGAAGAAGUCCUCUCCUGCAGAAACACGUCAAGAGGAUGACUGUGAUGUACCGACGUUUCCAGAACUUCCUUCCAUUGAAUCCACGAGCGAUGAAGACGAGUGGCGGCUCCUUGAACAUUAUACGAACAGCCAAAUAGGAGGGGACGAAGGAAUGGGCGGAUCAAUCUACAAUAUUCGGGAUGACGAAAUGGCACCCGUGCAGUCGGAGAUGCAGCCAGUCGACGCAGGACCAGAUGCAAUGCCACGCCUCCCGGAACCACCCACGGUUGAUCUCCUCGACGAUAUAGCCGGCUAUCCUGAUUUCAACUAA